CACCUUAUAAAUUGGGGCACGCAACAUCAUUAAAAGACAUCAAUUGUAGUGAAGAUAACAGCAACCAAGCAAUUAAUAUCAAUUGUUGUUUGCAAAAAAUCUUAGGUUCUGAAAAUAUGUCUGGAUGUGGUUGUGGAAGCAGUUGCAACUGUGGUGAUAGCUGCAAAUGCAACAAGAGGUCUAGUGGAUUGAGCUACUCCGAAAUGGAAACCACCGAAACCGUGAUUCUUGGCGUCGGUCCGGCGAAGAUCCAGUUUGAAGGUGCUGAAAUGAGUGCUGCUUCUGAGGAUGGUGGCUGCAAGUGUGGUGAUAACUGCACUUGUGACCCUUGCAACUGCAAAUGAAGUGUAACAUAUAAAAGCUUGAAGCAGAGAUAUUGAAACCAUUAUGUUUAAUUGUGUGUAUGAGUACACAUGUGUGUUUGGUUUUUUAGAAUAAUAUAAUUAAUGUGGUCAUGGAUCUCUCUUCAGCAGAUUGAAAUAUUUGAUUUUGUUGAAAGGUUAUGAGAAUUGUGGUUGGUUUGUGUUUGGUUUUCUUGUGUAAAGUGUAGCUAAAAGCUUGAAUCAUAAAUCUCUGCAUAUGAUAAAUGGAAUACAUUAUUGUGUGUUAUUUGAAUGAAAGGAUUGUUGGUACAACA